AUGUUAGGCGGGGAAGGUCUGGCUCUUGUUGUGGACAACGGCUCCGGCAUGUGCAAGGCCGGUUUCGCCGGAGACGAUGCCCCCCGUUCUGUCUUCCCCUCCAUCGUUGGUUUUCCGCGUCGUCAGGGUGUCAUGGUUGGUAUGGGACAGAAGGACAGCUAUGUGAGCGACGAGGCCCAGUCAAAGCGUGAUAUUCUCACCCUGUCGUACCCGAUUGAGCACGGUAUCAUCACGAACUGGGACGGCAUGGAGAGGAUCUGGCAAUACACCUUCUACAACGUGCUUCGUGUUUCUCCGGAGGAGCAUCCAGUUCUCCUAACUGAGGCUCCGCUGAACCCCAAGGCCAACCGCGAGAAGAUGGCCCAGAUCAUGUUCGAGACAUUCAACACCCCGGCGAUGUACGUCGGCAUCCAGGCAGUCCUGUCGCUGUACGCCUCUGGUCGUACCUUUGGUAUCGUCCUCGACUCUGGUGAUGGUGUCACCCACAGCGUCCCCAUCUACGAGGGC